AUGGCCUGUACAUCUGCAACGGAAGGCCUUGAGGUAGCGGAACUUGUCUUUUAUGGUGUUGCUAUAAUCCCUGCUUUCUUUUGCUUUUUUACACAUGGAAAACACGGCGUUGCAGGAUGGCUCUAUGUGAUUCUUAUGUGCGGGCUCCGCCUCGUUGGAAAUGGCAUGGCAUAUCAUGCCCUAUCUACAACUGGCCACCCGAACGAGGCAGCGGAGAUCAUCAGUGGGAUUGGUCUGUCACCUAUUCUGCUCGCUGCUUUAGGUAUACUUCAUGAAGCCAACCACUCUAUACAGACAUCUCUUCCGAGUCCUCUUCAAGGAGUCAGCGUUAUCCUUCCUCAUGCCGCUAUCCUCGCUGGAAUUGCUCUAGCAGCCGCAAGCAAAGUAAAAUCCUCUUUACUUGAGGCCGGUAUGGCUGUGCUCACUAUCGGCUGGCUUAUUAUUGUUGCUUUUGUCAUACUUUCUUUCUUAAGCCCAAGUCAACGAAUGAACGGAGAGAAAAAGCUUCUAAUUGCGGUCAUCAUCGCUGUACCACUCCUUGGAAUCCGAGUGAUCUACUCUGUGGUCAUCGCCUUUGUGGAUGGACGAGCCGAGGGAGGUAGUCUGGCUGUGCAAGUCAUCUUUGGAACUGUCCCGGAGUUCCUCGUGAUGAUUAACUAUCUUUCCGCGGGCAUCAUGACCAAGAAUAUGGCUCGCGAACGUCAAGCUGAAUUGGAUGCCGAAACAGCUGAACAGAGAUUAAAUAUUUCCCAGAAGAGACCUCGGGAGUCUUCGUGCCGGUCUCUCUCUGCCUAG